UACACGGCCAUGAUGCCGCAGAUGUAUGUGUGUGUACGCGGGCUUGCUAGCGCGUUUCACGCAGACGCGAAACUUCAUUGUUACCUCCUCCCCUACAUAUCUGCGAGAUAGGGUCCCAGCUCCCGACAAUUCUUGCCAUCGUUUGUUUCACCUCCUUCGACGCUUCACUCGGACAAAGUUCUAAGAUCUGUGAACAUUGAGAAACUGGUGUUGCGCUCUUCUCAAAAUUCUUUAGUGCUAGAGGGAUCGUGUUUGAUUUAUUCUUUAAAAAUUCCGUCAUGUUUUUCGCUGCAAAAAGACGAUGCCCUUUUGAUACGCCCGUUUGUCGAAUGCCCGGGCAGAUGAGUCUCAAAACAAACAUUGGGUCUGCAUCGAAACUGUAAAGACCGUGGUCGUUGCUUACUCGGUUGCCUCUGCACCACAGCAGGAGCCCCAGCCGUCGAGUAUCGCCUGCUGAGAUUUUCCUUGGCCUUCCGCCAUUCGAAGAGCUAGAAAAUAGCUUACCGAUUACGCCAUCGUUCCUUCUCCGUUCGUGGACAGUCAAUAGUCAAAGCAGUUAAUGAACGCACUUUGAGCUGAUCUUUCAAUCCUGCGAUUUCUCAUCCCAGUGGACGCCAUCUUCGUUCGUCUCCUUUCUUCAUGGCACAAAUCGAAAAGACUAUCAACAACCGGAAUGAUCCUGUAGAUCCAUCGGUACAUAGUUCCCGAAGAGCUCGUCCGUUUCAUAGCCAUCACCUGUACGAUAGUUUGGGCGAAAUACGCGAGUCUUCAAUGGCGACAGAAGACUGGGCUGCAAUGGAGGACGAAGAGUUCCUGGGGGAGUACAUGGACACAUCAUCUAUUGAAGUGGAUCAGAUAGACAAUAACCGUUUGCCCAAUGAUCGUGCCAUUUAUUCGAACGAUGAGAUGACAACAAGUCCAGUCAAUCAAAAAUGGUCCAAUCAUCAAGCCGACCUCGUUUCUAGCCAGAGCACCAGCAGCGAAGGCGAGGGUCGUCAAAAGAAAGUCAAUAAAAUGAAGUUGCUGGUGCGGAGUCAUGCCUUACGUGAAGCUGCAUCCCCGCCUCCAGAUUCGCCUUCACCUCUCUUUAAUGCUACAAACAAUGGCUCAUCUCCUGAAGAACAGCAGCAUAAUCAGCAGGCUUCUCUGGUCAUCACGGUCGUCGAGAGCAACGACGAGACUUCUUCACUACACCAACAAGAAAUUGCACCCAACCGACUUCGUCCUCGCGUUCAGGUGGGGAGUUCGCAGUGCAGCGUCGAUAGCACGAGCUCGUUUGUUUCAUUUUCACUGUCACGAGACUCUAGCACGGAAUUGGCUAACGGGAGCGAUGUUUACCUUACCGUUGGUUCUCAUUUGUACACGGACAACACGGGCGUUGACUUGCAGCACUUUAUUGUUGAAACCUUACACCGCAAUUACAAAGAUAGGAUGACGCUGUUGCGCAUCGAACAGGAUAUGAUUGCGCUGGUUAGAGAUGCCAAGCGUACCUGUCACAGGUUUCCGGCCAUGUCCUCAUAUCAUCGAAUGCUUGUCCAUCGUGUUGCCGCUUAUUUCGGCAUGGAACACAACGUCGAUCAAUCCGGUAACUGCGUCGUCGUGAGUAAAUCACGUCAUACACGGUUGCCGGAGGUUGCAUUCAAAGAGUACGUGCGCGAUGAUAUCGUUUUACCCGAAGAGCCCAACAGAAAACUGAAUCCAAAAAGAGAAACUGUUUCGUUCGAAGAGCCGCACAGUGGUAGUAGCAACAAGUUUACCCGUUCACCGGAAAACCGAAGUAGGAGCCUGGAAGAGCGUGAUGUGGGCAUGGACAGUAGACCAAAGAACCGCGCCUUUCAACCUCAAGUGACGUUGGUCCCAGAAGGAGCUUGUUCGGAAGGAUCGCCUCCGGUGGCAAUGGGAGCUAGGAGGAAGGAAAACGUUUCUGAAUCGGUAUCCACCUAUGUCACUCCUACAACUUCACGCACAAACAGCGAAGAGAUUCAAACACUUCGAUGGCCCAAGCGGUUAACCCAGGGAGCACUCCGUAACAACCGCAUUCCUAAGGUGGAGUCAUUUGAUAGCCGUGAUCUACUCGGCAGUUACGGCAACACCUUACGUCCUACCGUCGCUAAAUCUUACAGCUUUGGUGGAUACACGGCAACCUGUGCAUCAGAGGCUAACGUGGCUGCAGUACGAGCAGACGAAAACGUGGUCGGUCCGCCUGUUUAUCAACAACCCAUUCUCAGCCAUCAAAGCGGCCAUAGCUAUGGCUCUCGGUUUUUAUCGAAACAAGUACGUUCAAGUGAGGAUUCAAAUGCAAGUUCGAUCAGUAUUUCACGCUCCAGUCCUACAAGUUCAGGAUACAAAUCCCAACAUUCGGCAGCCCCUUCUCCUACACCUGUCGCCAAUAGCCGGAUGAUUCCGCUCCGAGCACAGCCGACAUCAUGUAACAGUAGUAUGGAAUCUCAAUGUGCUGCUGGUUGCCAAGAAUGGAAUCAACCUGGUGCAAAUGCAGGCAAUUCCAGUUCUGGAGCUGUAACCACUACUCCCGAAACUGUGUCUACUAAUAACACCCCUACUACUAAUGCAACUCUGCUGUGGGCAGUGACCAGUUUGGAUGAUGUGCCAGCUGGUAGCAUUCUCAUCAAUCCACAAACUGGACUGCCUUUUUAUAAUCCUGAUGGCUCUGCGUACAGAUACAAUCCACACUUACCACUACCGUUCCAGGUUGAAGUGAAUGCUGCUGAUAAUCCAGUCAGUGAAAUAACUGGAGAAAUCCAACAGCCAGAGUCUUAUGAAUCUUAUGAUAGACCUGAAGUGAAAACGGAAGCCGGGGAAAGCACAGCAAUGACAUCUGUCCCAGCGUAUUCUAGUUGGCCACAACAUUGUUAUGAGACUCCUAUAUCGCCAACUUUGACUGCUUCGUAUGUUAACCAGCCACAAGCGUAUUUUGCUCCCGAGUUUACCUCGUUUCACUCUACAAACGGAGCGGGUGCAGCACCCGAUCCUCAACCAAAUGGUUACUUCGUUGCUCCCACAGUUAAUUCUUCGGCUUCAUUCGAUGACCAAAUGAAAGCGAAUUGUGUUGCUGUUCCAGUUGCCCACGGACAUGGCUACGUACUCUAUCAAGCCUGUUUAGGCCCUUCAGGUGACAAUGGCACAAUAAUCGAUGCCAAUGACUUGUACUCGGCCAUGAAGAAUUUAAGUCUUAGACCAAUCGGAGGAGUCCCACCAAUGUCUUAUACUGCAGCUUUGACGGAUAAUUUGGCUCACCAUGUUGAAUUGGCUCCGAAUGGCCCAUUUGUGGCUACAGUUCCUAUUAGGCCAGUUCCCAACGGGAAAAUGCAAGCCACUUGUAGCAAUUUGCCACCUCGGUCCGGAUCGACUCCUCCAACUGUUGUUACGAGCGCACCAGGAGCAUCAUUGGCAUCCAAUCCUUACUUAGCAUCAAUUCGAGUUCAAAGUAAUGGUCAAAUAAUGCAUCACCAAAUACAGCAGCCUUAUAAUGGAACUGCAAACGUUGCGGUUGCCCCUUACCAUCCAUCUGUGGUUUAUCCGUUGUUGAAUACUGCUACGCAUUCACAAGGCAACAGGCAACAUUAUUUUCCGUCCAGCCUAGUUCACCAUCAGUUUAACAAUGCGCAUCAGUAUGUAUCAUCCCCGUGGUCAUUGGUGACAAACGCCUCGGCAACCAACCGUGGCACGCCUGAGAGAGAAACAGUUAACGUUGAAAUGCCGUCCAAUCGAAUAGUGGCAGCCCCUCACUCGCCUAAUCGUCUCUCAUGUUUAUACGGACCUUCACUCCCGUCACCAUUUCUUGCAGGAGAAUGCGGAGCAAUUCGGCCGUCAUCUACUGUACUCCAUCGACAGUUUUCACUUCCAACGCCAGCUCCACCGGCCACGUAUACAUUAAGACCUCGCAUACAGCAACAUCACAUGCCUGGCUCAAGUUUGCAGCGUCCUACAUCAUCUUCUGUUCAGAAUCAGAACGGCAUCUUAGCGUUUAAUUCCUCGCGCCAUGUGAGAACAAGGCGUCAAGUUUUCCGGCCUAAUACCGGUUUCACGACCGAUCCUUCCUCUGUUAUGCAGAGUCAUUCGUCUUCGCCUGUUCAGCAGUUUCCUUCACCGACGAGCUAAACAGUGUAAAAUAAUAAUUUAACAACCUGAUAUAGCUAGUUAAUAAUUAAUCCGUUCGGGUAGCCAUUCGUCCAAUCAUGUUGGAUAAAGUUUGGCUCAAGUUAUCCCCGGUGUUUUCCUUGAAAAGUUAGGUAAAUCAAGUGAUGACCAAAAACGUUUCGAAAGCUAUAUUUAUACAAUUAUAUAGUUCUCAUGGAGACCCUCUAUUAACAGUUCGUUCAAUUCCUGACCUAUGAUCAACAACACAACUCUUCUCAGUAAGUGUUGAUUGGAUUUUCCCUUGACGCUUUUUUUUUUGUUCAGGUCGUAUUGAAAUGUUCUGGAACAGAAGCAGUUAGGAAUGACAACAGAGGAAGGUGAGGAAAACCACCUUGAGAAAAAUCCCAUUUUUAGAGAUAAUGUUAUUUUCAUCGAGUUGUUUCGCAUCGCGCGUGGGACUUUGUCUAAAAGGCGAUAACACUUGAAAAAUAUUUCUUGUUGUGUUCAUGAAGCCUGGGUCUGCACUCAGCCAUCCCUCAAAUGAUUUCCUUUCGAAAUGGUCAUUUUCUUUCCUCUUUUAUGAAAAAUCUCUCUUUAUUCAAUUGAAAAUCUUCUAAAAAAUGCGCAUGAAAAGCUUUUUAUCUAGAAAUCUCUACACAUCUGCCGACACCUUCACCGUAGUGCCACAGUGGAAAACAAACAGAAACACAAAUAAAAACAUCUAUACCCCACAGUACUCGGCUCUUCAGGGCAAACAGUUUUUUAGCAAAAAAUAGUUCAUUUAUUUAUUCGAUUUUCAAUUUUGUGCUUAAAUCACAAAUUAAUCUUUAUACUUUUGACUUUUGACACAUGUGUGUGAGGAUACCAAGCUUUUCAGCUCCAAAUUGUAUUCAAUUUUGUGCAGUGUUUGGAUUCAUUUCUCCCCUUUCAAUCACCCUCUAGUCUGUCCAUCAUGGUCUGUCUAAUCUCCUGACUCGCCAGUCACUGUUUAGUGACCGAUUUCACUGGAUAAUUCAUGCCAUUCAUAUGUUUUGUCUUUCUUUUUCUUCUUCUUAUUUUUUUUUAUAGUUUCCUUGUAAUUAUCCUUGAGAAAGUUGUAAGAGUUCGUGACAAAAUUAGCAUCUGUAUGUCGUGAUUGGAUUUAUAAAACUCUGGGCACGCAUUUUUUGCAAAAUUGGAAACGGUGUUCGGCCCUCAUCAGGAGGGAACAUUUGCUAGUGUUACUCAGGUGUUACUUCAAAAAGACGGGAUACCAUGUUGUUCGAGUGGUAGGAGAUGUUAUAUUGUUUAAACAUAGUUCCUUUUCACCAGAUGGCUCUUACUCUGAAGCAUCAGUUAACAACACUUAUAAAUCCUUUUUAUCAGCACAACAAACAGCACGUAAACAUAUUAGACAUUAGUCCUUGGUCUAUUGGCUAACUACAUAAGUUAGGCUGAAUUCUUCUAGUGCACACCACGUUUUUAUAAAAAGCGGGAUUAAUACAUGGUCAAAGUCCAUAUUGUACUCAUCUAUGAAGGAAAUGUUGCACAAGCAACCUGUUUACGUAUCCUCUUGCAAGAUUCAAUUUCGAAAAAUCAGGAGUGCCGUUAACGUAUUUAAACAAUUGAGAAACCAUAGUUGCCCAAGUUCAACAGGGCAAUUAGCAUUUUGCGUAAAUGUAAAGCCGAGAAAUCUACUCGAGAUUUCCUUUUUUUCUAGACAGAAAAUCAAUCAACGUUUUCGUUUGUAUGUCAUUUUUAAAAAUAUUAUUUUGCUGUUAUAUUUUCGAUUGUUUAUUAAUUUGGUACAGUCAAGAAUUCUCUAACUCUAUAUCCCGACGGCGUAGGCUCUUCAAAUGAUCGCUAGAUGGCUUUGAGAGGCAUAAUACGCAAUUUGAAAUAAUAAUCUUGCGUAAUGAAAAACGUGCUGACAGUGCUCUUUGGAUUUGACUUGAGGCUUCGUGGACAAUAACACAUUUCACGUGUAAAGAGCACGUGGAACUAUUUUCUGUACUGUAAAUACAGCAGAAGGGCGGCGUCUGCAAAUUUAAGGAUCCCUACUGACGUAGUUAAACGCAUGCUGUAAUCUAGAAGUUUUGUUUUGCUCUUCUGUUUGGAUAAGCAAAUAACUAUUGGGUUAUCUGUCAUUGCUCAAGGAGGUUCCUGGUUCCUGCAGACUUCUGAGUCCCCUCCAAAACGCAAUACGACCUUAAGAGUGAUGGGGGAGAACGAGACGAUAAGCGGGCAAUUUCACCCAGCAACAGCAAGGAAACCCCUGAAGCGUAUUACCCAAAACCGGAUUCUAGUGGUCAAACGAAGGUUAUGUAGCUAAAUUUAACUAAAUUAUUUUAAGUAGGUCGUCUUGUAAACCGUAAUUCAGAACUCUAGAAAUAGUGUGCAUUAACGCUGAUUGUAUUCUUCUUCUAAUGACUUGCUCGAACAACCAACAGUCACGUGACAAGAACACAGGAACAUUUUACAACACCGACGUUUUAAAAAAUAAGAAAAGUAUUUGAGCUGAAUCACAAUAAUGAAAUAUUUUAGCCCUCCACACAAGAAAUUAACACCAGAAAA